AUCAUUAAGGUAAUGAAAUAGUUCUAGAAUUUGUUACAUAAUUUAGUAUUUCAAUUCCGCAAAUGGUUAAAGGAUAUCUGCCGUAUGUCAAGGAAUAUUCAUGGUACUGGGAAUCUAACUGUGACCGAGAUGGUUCCUGUACCUAGAGCUUAUUUAAGAGCAUGGGUCGGUAAGCUGUGGCCAGUAACCUGACCCGUAAGCAAAAACUGGUUUUUACGUUUUUAUAGAGUUGCAGAAACCAACAGCAACAACCAAAAAAAAAAAAAAAAAAACCAGAAUAAAUAUGCGACUGUCUUAGUCAUCUAGUCCUGCUGUAACAAAUAACACAAAUGGAUGGCUUUAACAAAGAGAAAUUUAUUUUCUUACAGUCUAGUAAGCUGCAAGUCCUAAUUCAGGGUAUCAGCUCCAGGGGAAGGCUUUCUCUCUCUGUUGGCUCUGGAAGAAGGUCCUUGUCAUCAGUCUUCCCCUGGUCGACGAGCUUCUCAGGCUCAGGGACCGUAGGUCCAAAGAACACACUUCACUCCUGGUGCUGCUUUCUUGGUGGUAUUAGGUCCCCAGCUCCCUGCUUGCUUCCCUUUCCUUUUAUCUCUUGUAAGAUAAAAGGUGGUACAGGCCACACCCCAGGGAAACUCCCUUUACAUCCGAUCAGGGAUGUGGCCUGAACAAGGGUGUUACAUCCCACCCUAAUCCUCUUUAACCACAGACAGAGAUUAUGAUUUAUGACACAUAGGAAAAUCACAAAAUGAAGAACAGCCAGACCGUACUGGGAAUCAUGGCCUAACCAAGUUGACACAUAUUUUGGGGGAGCACAUUUCAAUCCAUGACAGUGACAGAGACUGUAUGUGGCCCACAAAGCCUAAAAUUUUUUAUUAUCUGUCCUUUUUCAAAAAACGUUUGAUGACCCUUACAAAAAAAAGUUCAGAGGUUUAGAUUCUUAAGGAAAUAUAAUUUCAGUUUUAAGUUAAUACCUGCUCACACCAAAAUGUUCUCUUAAAUAAUGAACCUUUAUUUAUUAGAACCUGGGUAUUUUUUCCUGUAAGACUGGUAAAAAGCUUUUUUCCUGAAAUUAAAUGUUGCUUUGAUAUUAAUUAAAAUAUUCCACAUACUAGAAAUUUGCCUUGUUACUGAUUUGAUGAUAUUUUUCAUCUAAGCUAUAUAUAUUUGCAUAAAAGAAAUAAAAAUUAUCUCAGCCCUUAGGACGACGGAGAUGAGAGUGAACUCUGCCCUCAAAACAUUUAUGACUUGGUAGGGUGUUCACAGCUCCUUUUGUAGAAAAUGGCAAACAAAAAUGGAGCACAUUAGUAACACCAGUUUUCUUAUUCAUUGCCAUGCUUAGGCUGUUGAUUCUUUUGGAUACAAUUUCAAUUCUUCUAAGAUAUACCAAGAAGAAAACAGGAAAGUGCAGAAGAAUUAUGCUUUUGAAUACCAACACUUUACCUGAUGGAGAUUCUUCAACAAUGAGGAAUGCUACAUCGUUUCCCUUGAGGUCUCCACAACCAGUAUGCUCCCCUGCUGGAAGUGAUGGAACUCCUAAAGGAUCAAGACCACCUUUAAUCCUACAGUCUCAGCCUCUACCUUGUUCAUCACCUCGAGAUGUUCCACCUGAUAUACUGCUAGAUUCUCCAGAAAGAAAACAAAAGAAGCAAAAGAAAAUGAAAUUAGGCAAGGAUGAAAAAGACCAGAGUGAGAAAGCUGCAAUGUAUGAUAUCAUUAGUUCUCCAUCCAAGGACUCCACUAAACUUACAUUAAGACUUUCUCGUAUAAGGUCUUCAGACAUGGACCAGCAAGAGGAUAUGCUUUCUGGUAUGGAAAAUAGCAAUGUUUCAGAAAAUGAUAUUCCUUUUAAUGUGCAGUACCCAGGACAGACUUCAAAAACACCCAUUACUCCACAGGAUAUAAACCGCCCACUAAAUGCUGCUCAGUGUUUGUCGCAGCAAGAACAAACAGCAUUCCUUCCAGCAAAUCAAGUGCCUGUUUUACAACAGAACACUUCAGUUGCUACAAAACAACCCCAGACUUCUGUGGUACAGAAUCAGCAACAGGUAUCACAGCAGGGACCUAUAUAUGACGAAGUAGAAUUGGAUGCAUUGGCUGAAAUUGAGCGGAUAGAGAGAGAAUCAGCUAUUGAAAGGGAACGCUUUUCAAAAGAAGUUCAAGAUAAAGAUAAGCCUUUGAAAAAAAGAAAACAAGAUUCUUACCCACAGGAGGCUGGGGGUGCUACAGGAGGUAAUAGACCAGCUUCUCAGGAGACGGGUUCUACGGGAAAUGGGUCAAGGCCAGCAUUAAUGGUUAGCAUUGAUCUUCAUCAGGCAGGAAGAGUGGACUCUCAGGCUUCUCUAACUCAGGAUUCAGACACCGUAAAAAAGCCUGAAGAAAUCAAACAAUGUAACGAUGCACCUGUUUCUGUUCUUCAGGAAGAUAUUGUUGGAAGUCUUAAAUCUACACCAGAAAAUCAUACUGACGCACCUAAAAAAAAGUCUGAUCCUGAACUUUCAAAGAGUGAAAUAAAACAAAAUGAAAGUAGAUUGGCAGAAUCUAAAUCAAAUGAAAACAGAUUGGUGGAGACAAAAUCAAGUGAAAAUAAGUUAGAAGCUAAAAUUGAGACCCAAACAGAAGAACCUAAACAGAAUGAGAGCAGAAUGACCGAGCCUAAACACAAUGAGAGCACCAUAGCCGAGCCUAAGCAGAAUGAAAAUAGACUAUCUGACUCAAAACUAAAUGACAACAAACAAAAUAAUGGCAGGUCAGAAACAACAAAGUCAAGACCUGAAACCCCAAAGCAGAAGGGUGAAAGCCGGCCUGAAACUCCGAAGCAAAAGAGUGAUGGGCGACCUGAAACCCCAAAACAGAAGGGUGAUGGACGGCCUGAAACUCCAAAGCAGAAAGGUGAGGGCCGACCUGAAACUCCAAAGCAAAAAAAUGAAGGCCGGCCUGAAACACCAAAACAUAGGCAUGAAAGUAGGAAAGAUUCUGGAAAGCCAUCAGCGGAGAAAAAACCUGAAGUGUCUAAACAUAAACAGGAUAUUAAAUCUGAUUCACCUCGGUUAAAAUCAGAACGUGCUGAAGCCUUAAAGCAGAGACCUGAUGGGCGAUCUGUUUCUGAGUCACUAAGACGUGACCAUGAUAGUAAACAAAAAUCAGAUGUCAGGGGUGAAUCAGAGCGGCAUCGAGGGGAUCAGUCAAGGGUUCGAAGACCAGAAACAUUGAGAUCCUCUAGUAGAAAUGAGCAUGGCAUUAAAUCUGAUGGUUCAAAAACUGAUAAAAUAGAAAGAAAACACAGGCAUGAAUCAGGGGACUCAAGGGAAAGACCAUCUUCUGGGGAACAAAAAUCAAGACCUGACAGUCCUCGUGUUAAACAAGGAGACUCUAAUAAAUCAAGACCUGAUAAAUCUGGUUUUAAGUCACCAAACAGUAAAGAUGACAAAAGGACAGAGGGUAACAAGAGUAAAGUAGAGAGUAAUAAAGCACACCCUGAUAAUAAAGCAGAAUUCCCAAGUUAUUUGUUGGGGGGCAGGUCUGGUGCAUUAAAAAAUUUUGUCAUUCCAAAAAUCAAGAGGGAUAAAGAUGGCAAUAUUACUCAGGAGUCAAAGAAAAUGGAAAUGAAAGGAGAGCAGAAAGACAAAGUGGAAAAAAUGGGAUUAGUUGAAGAUCUAAAUAAAGGAGCUAAGCCUGUAGUUGUCCUACAAAAACUGUCUUUGGAUGAUGUUCAGAAACUUAUUAAGGAUAGAGAGGAUAAAUCAAGAAGUUCCCUUAAACCUAUCAAGAGUAAACCAUCAAAGUCAAAUAAAGGUAGUAUAGAUCAAUCAGUGUUAAAAGAAUUACCCCCUGAACUCCUGGCAGAAAUUGAAUCCACUAUGCCACUUUGUGAACGUGUGAAAAUGAACAAGCGCAAGCGUAGCACAGUUAAUGAGAAGCCAAAAUAUGCCGAAAUCAGUUCAGAUGAAGAUAAUGAUAGUGAUGAAGCUUUUGAAUCCUCUAGGAAACGUCAUAAAAAAGAUGAUGAUAAAGCUUGGGAGUAUGAAGAGCGUGACAGAAGAAGCUCUGGGGAUCAUAGGAGAAGUGGCCACUCUCAUGAAGGAAGAAGGAGUUCAGGUGGUGGUCGUUACAGAAACCGAAGUCCAUCGGAUUCUGACAUGGAAGAUUAUUCUCCUCCUCCCAGCCUUAGUGAGGUCGCUAGAAAAAUGAAGAAAAAAGAAAAACAGAAGAAAAGGAAAGCUUAUGAACCAAAACUAACACCUGAAGAAAUGAUGGAUUCUUCAACUUUUAAGAGAUUCACAGCCUCAAUAGAGAAUAUUUUGGAUAAUUUGGAAGAUAUGGAUUUUACUGCAUUUGGUGAUGAUGAUGAAAUUCCUCAGGAGCUGCUCUUAGGAAAACACCAGCUUAAUGAACUCGGCAGUGAAUCCGCUAAAAUUAAAGCAAUGGGUAUAAUGGAUAAGCUUUCAACUGACAAAACUGUGAAAGUCCUAAAUAUCUUGGAGAAGAAUAUUCAAGAUGGGUCAAAGCUUUCUACUUUGUUAAAUCAUAAUAACGAUACAGAAGAAGAAGAAAGAUUAUGGAGAGACCUUAUUAUGGAGAGAGUUACAAAAUCAGCUGAUGCUUGUCUAACAACUAUCAACAUCAUGACAUCUCCUAACAUGCCAAAAGCUGUAUAUAUUGAGGAUGUGAUCGAAAGAGUUAUACAGUACACUAAAUUUCAUUUGCAGAAUACACUUUAUCCUCAGUAUGAUCCUGUUUACAGAUUAGAUCCUCAUGGAGGAGGCUUAUUAAGUUCAAAGGCAAAACGGGCCAAAUGUUCUACCCAUAAGCAGAGAGUAAUAGUAAUGCUUUAUAACAAAGUUUGUGAUAUUGUUAGCAGCUUAUCAGAAUUGCUAGAGAUACAGCUUCUUACGGACACAACAAUUCUUCAGGUAUCAUCGAUGGGAAUAACACCAUUUUUUGUGGAAAAUGUCAGUGAACUACAAUUGUGUGCCAUUAAGCUAGUGACUGCAGUAUUCUCAAGAUAUGAAAAACAUAGGCAGUUAAUUUUGGAAGAAAUUUUUACUUCACUUGCAAGAUUACCAACCAGCAAGAGGAGUUUAAGGAACUUCAGGUUAAAUAGUAGUGAUAUGGAUGGAGAACCUAUGUAUAUUCAGAUGGUUACAGCACUGGUUUUACAGCUUAUUCAGUGCGUAGUGCACUUACCAUCAUCAGAGAAGGACUCUAAUUCAGAAGAGGACUCAAACAAAAAAGUUGAUCAGGAUGUUGUUAUUACCAACUCUUAUGAAACAGCCAUGCGAACAGCCCAGAACUUCCUCUCCAUCUUCCUUAAAAAAUGUGGUAGUAAGCAAGGUGAAGAAGAUUACAGACCACUGUUUGAAAAUUUUGUUCAAGACCUUCUUUCAACAGUCAAUAAGCCUGAGUGGCCAGCUGCUGAACUCCUCCUUAGUUUGUUAGGGAGACUGUUGGUUCAUCAGUUCAGCAACAAGUCAACAGAGAUGGCUUUAAGAGUGGCGUCUCUGGAUUACCUUGGAACUGUUGCUGCACGACUGAGGAAAGAUGCCGUUACAAGCAAAAUGGAUCAAGGAUCUAUAGAACGAAUUUUAAAACAGGUGUCAGGAGGAGAAGAUGAAAUCCAACAAUUGCAAAAAGCAUUGCUUGACUACCUGGAUGAAAACACUGAGACUGAUCCUUCACUGGUGUUUUCUCGUAAAUUCUAUAUAGCCCAGUGGUUCCGUGACACAACUUUGGAAACAGAAAAAGCAAUGAAAUCACAAAAAGAUGAAGAAUCCUCUGAAGGGACACAUCACUCAAAGGAAGUUGAGACAACUGGUCAAAUCAUGCAUCGAGCUGAAAAUCGGAAAAAGUUUCUUAGAAGCAUUAUUAAAACCACACCUUCUCAGUUCAGCACAUUAAAGAUGAACUCUGAUACUGUGGACUAUGAUGAUGCUUGCCUGAUUGUUCGAUACUUGGCCUCUAUGAGGCCGUUUGCCCAGAGCUUUGAUAUUUAUUUGACACAGAUCCUACGAGUUCUUGGUGAAAAUGCAAUUGCCGUUCGAACAAAAGCCAUGAAGUGUUUAUCUGAGGUUGUUGCUGUAGACCCCAGUAUUCUCGCAAGGCUUGAUAUGCAGCGAGGAGUUCAUGGACGAUUAAUGGAUAACUCCACUAGUGUACGAGAAGCAGCAGUAGAAUUACUAGGUCGAUUUGUCCUUUGUCGACCUCAGCUUGCUGAACAGUAUUAUGAUAUGCUGAUUGAAAGAAUAUUGGAUACUGGUAUCAGUGUAAGGAAAAGGGUAAUAAAGAUUCUAAGAGACAUCUGUAUUGAACAACCAACAUUUCCAAAAAUUACAGAAAUGUGUGUAAAAAUGAUUCGCAGAGUCAAUGAUGAAGAGGGCAUUAAGAAAUUAGUAAAUGAAACAUUCCAAAAACUCUGGUUUACUCCAACUCCACACAAUGACAAAGAAGCAAUGACGAGGAAAAUCUUAAACAUCACUGAUGUGGUUGCAGCGUGCAGAGAUACUGGUUAUGACUGGUUUGAGCAACUCCUUCAAAACUUGUUGAAGUCUGAAGAGGAUUCCUCAUACAAACCUGUGAAGAAAGCUUGUACUCAGCUUGUUGAUAACCUAGUUGAGCACAUUCUUAAAUAUGAGGAAUCACUAGCUGACUCUGACAAUAAAGGUGUGAAUUCUGGAAGAUUGGUAGCUUGCAUAACCACUCUAUUCUUAUUCAGCAAAAUAAGACCCCAGCUCAUGGUUAAACAUGCCAUGACUAUGCAGCCAUACCUUACCACUAAAUGUAGUACACAAAAUGAUUUCAUGGUUAUCUGCAAUGUUGCAAAAAUCCUAGAGCUGGUUGUACCACUAAUGGAGCAUCCAAGUGAAACUUUCCUUGCCACUAUUGAAGAGGAUCUAAUGAAGCUUAUCAUCAAAUAUGGCAUGACUGUAGUGCAGCAUUGUGUGAGCUGUCUUGGGGCUGUUGUAAAUAAAGUGACACAAAAUUUUAAAUUUGUAUGGGCCUGUUUCAAUAGAUACUAUGGUGCCAUUUCAAAAUUAAAAAGUCAGCACCAAGAGGACCCAAAUAACACUUCACUUCUAACAAACAAACCAGCACUUCUUAGAUCCCUUUUCACUGUUGGAGCACUAUGUCGGCAUUUUGAUUUUGAUCUGGAAGAUUUUAAAGGCAACAGUAAGGUUAACAUAAAGGAUAAAGUACUUGAACUAUUGAUGUAUUUUACAAAACAUUCAGAUGAAGAAGUACAAACAAAAGCCAUCAUUGGUCUAGGAUUUGCCUUUAUUCAGCAUCCAAGUCUAAUGUUUGAGCAAGAGGUGAAGAAUCUGUAUAAUAAUAUUUUAUCUGAUAAAAAUUCCUCAGUAAAUUUAAAAAUACAAGUGCUAAAAAACCUCCAGACCUACCUACAAGAAGAAGAUACACGUAUGCAGCAGGCAGAUAGAGACUGGAAGAAAGUUGCAAAGCAGGAAGAUUUAAAAGAAAUGGGAGAUGUUUCCUCAGGGAUGAGUAGUUCCAUCAUGCAGCUUUACCUCAAACAGGUGCUUGAGGCAUUUUUUCAUACCCAGUCAAGUGUACGCCACUUUGCCCUAAAUGUCAUUGCAUUGACUCUAAACCAAGGUCUUAUUCAUCCAGUUCAGUGUGUGCCAUAUUUAAUUGCUAUGGGCACAGACCCAGAACCUGCUAUGCGGAACAAGGCUGAUCAGCAGCUUGUGGAAAUAGACAAAAAAUAUGCUGGAUUCAUUCAUAUGAAAGCAGUGGCUGGUAUGAAGAUGUCUUACCAAGUACAACAGGCAAUCAACACAUGCCUAAAAGAUCCUGUAAGGGGUUUCAGACAAGAUGAAUCCUCUAGUGCUUUGUGUUCACACCUUUACUCCAUGAUCCGUGGAAAUCGCCAACACAGACGAGCCUUUCUAAUUUCUUUACUCAACCUCUUUGAUGACACAGCAAAAACAGAAGUGAAUAUGCUCUUGUAUAUAGCAGACAAUCUAGCCUGUUUUCCAUACCAGACGCAGGAAGAGCCGUUGUUUAUAAUGCAUCAUAUAGACAUUACACUCUCAGUUUCUGGUAGUAACCUACUGCAGUCAUUCAAGGAGUCUAUGGUAAAGGACAAAAGGAAAGAGAGAAAAUCAUCACCUAGUAAAGAGAACGAGUCAAGUGAGAGUGAAGAAGAAGUUUCCAGGCCCCGGAAGUCACGGAAACGUGUAGACUCAGAUUCAGAUUCAGAUUCGGAAGAUGAUAUAAAUUCGGUGAUGAAAUGUUUGCCGGAAAAUUCAGCCCCUUUAAUUGAGUUUGCAAAUGUCUCCCAGGGUAUUUUAUUGCUCCUGAUGUUAAAACAACAUUUGAAGAAUCUCUGUGGAUUUUCUGAUAGUAAAAUUCAGAAAUAUUCUCCAUCUGAAUCUGCAAAAGUAUAUGAUAAAGCGAUAAACCGAAAAACAGGUGUUCAUUUUCAUCCCAAACAAACACUGGACUUCCUGCGGAGUGAUAUGGCUAAUUCCAAAAUCACUGAAGAUGUGAAGAGGAGUAUAGUAAAACAGUAUCUAGAUUUCAAACUUCUCAUGGAACAUCUGGACCCUGAUGAAGAGGAGGAAGAAGGGGAGGUGUCAGCUAGCACAAAUGCUCGGAACAAAGCAAUUACCUCGCUGCUUGGAGGAGGCAGCCCUAAAAAUAAUGCAGCAGCAGAAACAGAAGAUGAUGAAAGUGAUGGGGAGGAUAGAGGAGGAGGCACUUCAGGGUCAUUGAGAAGGUCAAAACGAAAUUCAGACUCUACGGAGUUGGCAGCACAGAUGAAUGAAAGUGUUGACGUCAUGGAUGUCAUCGCUAUUUGCUGUCCAAAGUACAAAGAUCGACCACAAAUUGCAAGAGUAGUACAGAAAACCAGCAAUGGCUUCAGUGUUCAGUGGAUGGCAGGCUCCUACAGUGGCUCCUGGACUGAGGCUAAGCGCCGUGAUGGCCGCAAACUGGUGCCUUGGGUAGACACUAUUAAAGAGUCAGACAUUAUUUACAAAAAAAUUGCUCUAACGAGUGCUAAUAAGCUGACUAAUAAAGUUGUUCAGACUUUACGAUCCCUGUAUGCCGCCAAGGAUGGGACUUCCAGCUAAUGAAUUUGUACAUGCAGCCAAAUUUACAGGAAUUUUUUUAAAAGGCAGAAAAACUUGAAAUAUCAACAUUCUGGCAAAAAAAAAAAAAAAAAAAAAAAUCAGUUUUAUGAAGAGUAAGAAUGGAACCUGGGAUGCAGGAACAAAGGAAGGAAAUGUUGGGCAAACAUUUUUGUGGGAGCUCCCUUCGCUGUUGUGCAGCAGAAACAGAUUCUCAGUUCAUUUUUACUCCCACUGUAUUAUAGUUUAACAAAAAAUUGUUUAUAUCUUGGAAAAAAAACUUUCUGUUUAAAAAAAAUAAACAAGUGAAUGUUGGAAAUUAGUCUGUUAAUGUUCUUAAUAAAGUGUUCUUGGAGUUUAACCUAGCAGCGGAUGGCUUUCUUUAGCUUAGCCCAGUUUCCAGGGAAGCAUUGUUUUUUCCAGGCUGUAAAAUGGCAGAAUCUCCUGGACAUAUAAUUUAUUCUGUUGAAAAAAAAAAAAAAAAAAAAAAGCAUGCAGUAUCUAUGACCUAUCUGCAGAAGGAGUUUUUGUAAAUGUAGAUUUUGAUGUAUUAGGUCACCCUGAAAACAAUACAAGAAAAGGGAUCCCCAGGCAAUCUGGUGGAGUGAAUACUGCAAUAAAUUUUUUUACUUCUCUUUGUUACUUGUCUGUUUCCAUUUGAAUUUCUUAUUGUAAAGAUCUGUUUAAAUCCAUUUAUAUUAUUUGCAGUCUUUUAUGUAAAAUUUAUUAUAUCACUGGUUUUCAAAGCAAAACAUAAAAUAUUGUUUAUACAGUUUGUAUAGGCUGACUUCUGAAUAAUUGGUAUCUAUUAUUUUCAUUCCCAUAAAGAGGGUGUAAACAAUUAACUCCAGGGUUUUAUUGUAUCCUGCAAUAUUUAGUAUUAACUAUAUAUGAUUUAGCACUGUGCCAAACACAUUUUCAAGAGUACAUUUUGAUAUAAAAAGAAACUAUAGUUUAUUCCUUGUAUGCUUCAAUUUCUUUCUAAUGAUGUCAUGAUCGUAAUAUUUAUUUUUUAAACCUUGGGAAAAGGUAACAGUCUUGGGGAGAGGUAACAAUCAUGCUACUUUGGGAAACCAGCUCUUCUCUUAAUUAAAAUUAUGCCAUGUUAUUUUUAGAAAUAAUCAGAGUCAAGACAUGGCACUUCAUAAUUACACUACAUUUUUCACAGAUUAUUUUUUAAUGCUGAAAAAGGAAUAAUUUUACUAAUUGAGGUGUUUGUUUCCUACUCAAAGUAUUACCAUACAUCUUUUGGGAGCAGUUAUGGGUAUGCGUUAGUUACUACAAAUAUCUUUUGACUAAAUGGGGAGGCGGGUGUUUGAUCAGUUGAUUUUCAUAGUGACACUCUUAGAAAUAAUAAUACUAAAAUUUACAGGGGAUGAGGUCUGUUUCAAAUUUAAUUAUUUUAAAAAAGUGUACUUUUAAAUCACUGUUUUAAAAAAUUGACUUCUAGAAUGCAGGUUUUAUGAAAUUGGUAAAUAAAUGAAGGUAUUUAAUUUGUGAGGAAGAAUGACGUUGCCACAAAAUACCUUUUUGUGAAAACCUAUUAAACAAAGAUGAAAAUAACUGUUCAGGAUUUAUUUCCUAUGUGGGAUUCUUUCAGAAUGUUUUCAUGAAGGAAAUGUUUUCACAUUAUUCUUUUUCUUCCAUUUAACUGCUGUUUCAUCUUCCCUUUUACUGUGAACUCUGGGGCAAAUUAGAUUACCCCCCCCCUUGGAGUUUGUUUAUGCAUACAUUCUUAUUCAACAAAGGAUUUGAGGUGGCUUAUGAAAGCAAUAAUAUAUCAAUAUGAGUAAAAUACUAAUUAGAGAAAAUAUAAAGAAUAUAAAGUCCAACCUAGAAAGUACUGAAGAAUAAAAAUGACGGUCAGAAAGCCAAUUUUGAAAGCUAUGUGCCUGACAGAAACCCUAGUGGUGUAGUGGUUAAGUGCUAUAGCUGCUAGCCAAAAGAUCAGAAGUUCAAAUCCACCAGGCGCUCCUUGGAAACUAUGGGGCAGUUCUCUGUCCUAUAGGGUCGCUGUGAGUACGGAAUCGACAGCAGAGGGUAUGUGCCUGACACUUAAUGAUGUGUGCUGUCAUUUAAUUCUCUCACAAAAACUCUGCUAGUUAAAUAUUUUAGCCCCAUUUUUUAGAUGAGGAGUUUGAGACAGAAGGAUUCGAUAAUUUGUUAACAAAUGUAAUAAUAGUAAUUGAAAUCUAGAAUUGGAGUAGUUGUGUCUCACUACUCUAAUUGAACAUUAAGCAUUAAGGGAAAUGAUCUUUAACUGAAGUAAGCCAGCUCCUUAGGGGUCCUUGAAGUAUAGACUUGGGGGUCCUACUUAGAGUGAACUUUAAGAAAGCAGCACACAGUACUAAGAAUUCUGUUGCCACCUCUGGUCACAGAUGAGCUGCUUUGUUGACUCUUCGUUGGAAAUUUGACUCAACAGAGUUUGAGAAUUUUCCAGAUACUCUAAGUUCCAUUUUUUAUCUGUUAACAUAGGCCAAAUGUUGAUACAACUCAAAAGCCUUAACCCUUAAAUAGAAAAAGCAAAUGUCUCGAAAAGUUGGAGAUUUCUCAAAGGUGAUGUUUCAGUCUUAACCCUAAAACAUGGCCUUGGUGGCAAAUAUACAAAAUCAAACUUUUCAAGUAUAUUGAGGUUUCACAGAGCUGAGUCUUACUCCAUAGUUUGUUGAUACUGGAGUAAGCCAUAUCGUAUUAAGAAGGUUGUUUAUAUUUAAUAUAAAAAUUUCCAAGCGCCUCUUCUUUUUUUAAUGUAUCGAUAGGAAAAUUUGGCAUUUUAUUAAGUCAUUAUUUCAGCAAAGAAUGGGUAUUCUUUUUAAAGAUGUCUAUCAAAAUACACAUGGCAGAAAAUAGAAUUUGGUAAUCAAACAGAAGGAAUGCUGAGCUUUUAGAGAAGAAGAAUACAUAGUUUAUCCUGUUGAUAUGUUGAGUAUUUGAAUUGUUAGCAGGUAACGGAAGCACACAGGCAGUUUUGGUGGCGGUAGUCUGCCUCAUGAAGACAGGUAAGUCAAGCUGAUUUUUUGUUCGAUGUAGAUUUCAUGCCCAGCCAAUGAAUUUAUCAUUUUUUUUUCUUUAGAAAAUAAACUUAACAGGGAAGCAUAUGGUCUUCCCUCACACGCACACUUUUAGAAGCACAGAGAACUCAGUCUGGUCACUAACCAGUGUGCCGGUGGUCUGCAUCUUCAGAACUCUUGAUAUGGAUCUUAAACUGGAGUAAGAUUGUUUUUGCAUAUAUAAAACCUUAAGAUUACCCAUUAAAAAUAAUAUAACUUGAAACACAAUAGAAAUGUUUGCCCUUCAGAAAUUCCACUUGUUUGAACCUUCUGCAGUUUGCUUUUGCCCAUUUUAGAACUCAAGUUUAUCUAAUCCACUGGCUCCUUUUUGUCGUAGGAAGCAAAUAAUUUAUUACACAAAUUGAUUUUACUGAUUUUAUUUGUGUUUUUUCCCUAAACACACCCCUUGUCCUAUUUGUCCUAUCUGGGAACUGAAUGCAAAUUUGGUAUUAUGGAAGGGUCACUGAUCAAACAAAUUCAUUUGCAUGGUUUAUUGGCUAAGUGAUCAAAAUCUCCGUGUGUUUUGUACAACAAUCACCAACUUCCCACCCUUCGUAAAACCCCAAUUAUACAUUUUUUUUUGAAAUUUUUUUUUUUUUAUUAUAUUUAACUUGUUGUGGGAACCCCAUGUAUCAAUCAUUCUGAGUUUCUGGCCAAACUCGUUUGAAUGCCGCAUGCACUACGUCACUUCCUCCAUAUUUUUCUGAGACAAAUCACAGUCGUAUAUAUUUUUAAAUAUUAAUACUUCAUUAUCAAAUAUCCAAUGUGUUUCAUUUUUCUCAUAAAUGUCAUCUUAGGUCUUAAUGUAUAGAUUUCCUCAUCUUUUAUUUUCCUUGCAAAUUUUUUAUAAAUGAAAUGAAUUGUCCUUGGGUUCUUAUGAAAACAGUUGAUUAAAAAUAGACUAUAGUUACUUUCUGGCUUUUCACCCUUUUUCCUUCCUGAAUUUAUUGUGGGUUUGAGAGAUACUCUUUUCUAAAUUCAUAAGUACUGAUUCUUGUGCCUGCUUGAAACGUAGUAAGGUGGUAAAUCCAGUUUUCAGGAAGAUGGUCAUAAAUGUUAUUUAUUCCUUUGAAUUUGAGUUGAAAAGUGCCAAGCAGGAAAUUGGAGAUGAAGAACUAAAAUAAGGAAGUGGAAGUUUAAAUAGAUGCCAGAGGACACUUAUAACACUGUACAAGACACGUUAUUCAAAACUCAACCUUUCUAGCCCUGUAAAGAGAUCAGAGUUCCUAUUUAGGCAGAAGUGUUAAGUGUUAGGUUAAGUACUGUGAAAUAAAAACUACAGGCUUUAAUCCUGUUUAUUACAUAGCUUUUAGCUAUUACAGUUUUUGUUGAAUGGGACUUUGCCCCUACCUUUUACUUGUGACUUCCUUAGUUAUUUAAUCCCAGUGACACAAAGCCUUGCAAAUAAAAAGUUAUUUUGUGUUAUUUCAUUAAAUACAGUGUCUUCACCCUUUUCAUUAGCCCUUCUUUCUCUAAGAAAUGGCAGUGUAAAUUUGUCUUGAUCAUAACUUGUAUAUUUAGGUAUGGAACAAAGAGCAAUAAAAGUCACUAUGAACUCAGUAUGUCAUAAAACCUAAGCCAAUAAUGAAUCUCCACUUUCCGUAGUUAAGAAAAUAUUUAUAAAAUCAUACAAUAUGGGGGAUCUGAAAGAUCAUUUAGCCCAGAUGUUCUUAACCACUAAGUUCAUGAACCCCUUUGAGAAUCUCAUGAAAGUCAUGAAAUCUCUCCUCGGAAAACUGAAGAAAUUUAUACCCGUAAUUGUGUAUACAAUUUCAGGGGUUCAUGGUCACCAUCACCCCAAUUCCAUGUAUGCCCUGUCUUGAGAAUCCAGGGACUACAGGAUAAAACCUCCUGUUCUAAUCCAAACUUUUUUUUUUUCCAGGGAAAAUUGAGGCUCAGAGGCAAAGCAAUACCCGCAAGCUACAUAUCUAGUUACUUCCACAGCCAAGAGCAGCUCUCAGGGUUCUUAGGUCCCAGACCAGUUACUCUUAACACGGAAGAUGUCAUCUGGGAAAGUCUUUACUUACUAAGUUGCAUGUUAAGCCAAAGGAGGAGCUUAAAUACUAACAACUUUUAAGGUGCAAUGGGAGGAAAGGCUACUUAAUGACCAAAUUUUGUAAAUUUUUUAUAUCUUUUCAAGAGAUCCACUUUUAUAUUUCCAGAUUCUGUGAUGCCUGCCAUCCUCUCUCUUAGAUAAAUGGAGAGGGUAAAGUAUGACAUUUUUGUGUGUGUGUCCUGUUUUUAUCUUCUGCAUUGCCUGGCUUGAUGUAGAAAACUAGUAAAACCAAACAGUGUUGACUUUAAAGUUAGAAGACAUACUUUGAAGCCAGUGGCUCUGAAUAAGUGUAAAAUGAAGUUCGGUAGAUAAAUUCACAGCAUAUUAUAUGGGAUCUUAUUUAAGGAAAUCUGAAAUUAUGUUUUACACAUAUUUGGAUCAUCAGAAUGUUUGCUUAAGUGAAGAGAAAAAAAAUCUUGCUGCCGAGUUGAUUUCGACUUAAGGGGGAUGGAAUUCUGAAAAUGGGAACAACUGAGUGGGAGGAACCAGAGCGUAUGUAGUACAGUAUCAAAAGAUGAAGCUAUAGAAAGUAAGGAGUAAGUAUGCAAUUUGAAGAAAACAUAAAGUUUACAGAUAAUUGAAGGGCAAGAGAUUGGAGCCCUGGUGGUACAGGGGUUAAUCUCUCAGCUGUUAAUUGAAAGGUCCGUGGUUUGAACCCACCAGCUGCUCUGAGGGAGAAAGAUGUGGCAAUCUGCUUCCCUAAAGAUUGUUGUUGUUAGGGGCUGUCAAGUCUGUUCCAACUCAAAGCAACCCUAUUACAACAAAACGCAGCCCAGUCCUGCACCAUCCUCACAGUCAUUGUUAUGCUUCAGCCCAUUGUUGUAGCCACUGUGUCAGUCCAUCUCCUUGAGGGUCGUCUUCUUUUUCACUGACCCUCUACCAAGUAUGAUGUCCUUCUCCAGGGACUGAUCCCUCUUGAUAACAUCUCCAAAUUAUGUGAGACAUAGUCUCGCCAUCCUGGCUUCUAAGGAGCAUUCUGGCUAUACUUCUUCCAAGACAGAUUUGUUUGUUCUUUUGGCAGUCUGUGAUAUAUUCAAUAUUCUUCAGCAACACCACAAUUCAAAGGCAUCAAUUCUUCAGUCUUCCUUAUUCAUCGGCCAGCUUUCACAUGCAUAUGAGGUGACUGAAAACACCAUAGUUUGGGUCAGGGGCACCCUACUCUUCAGGGUGACAUCUUUGCUUUUCAACAGUUUAAAGAGGUCUUUUGCAGCAGAUGUUCCCAGUGCAGUGCGUCCUUUGAUUUCUUGACUGCUGCUUCCUUGUGCGUUGAUGUGGAUCCAAGUAAAAUGAAAUCCUUGACAACUUCAGUCUUUUCUCUGUUUAUCAUGAUGUUGCUUACUGGCCCAGUUGUGAGGUUUUUGUUUUCUUUAUGUUGAAGUGUAAUCCAGACUGAAGGCUAUAGUCUUUGAUUUUCAUCAGUAAGUGCUUCAAGUGUUCUUCAAUUUCAGCAAGCAAAGUUGUGCCAUCCGCAUAACGCAGGUUGUUAAUGAGUCUUCCUCUAAUCUUGAUGCCCCGCUCUUCUUCAUAGAGUCCAGCUUCUUGGAUUAUUUGCUCAGCAUACAGAUUGAAUAGGUAUGGUGAAAGCAUACAUCCGUGACGCACGCCUUUCCUGACUUUAAACCACGGAGUAACCCCUUGUUCUGUUCAAACAACUGCCUCUUGAUCUAUGUACAGAUUCCUCAUGAGCACAGUUAAGUGUCUUGAAUUCCCAUUCUUCACAAUGUUAUUCAUAAUUUGCUAUGAUCCACACAGUCAAAUGCCUUUGCAUAGUCAAUACAACACAGGUAAACAUCUUUCUGGUGUUCUCUGCUUUAAGCCAGAAUCCAUCUGACAUCGGCAAUGUUAUCUUUUGUUCCACAUCCUCUUCUGAAUCCAGCUUGAAUUUCUGGCAGUUCCCUGUCGAUAGAUACACUGCUGCAGCUGCUUUUAAAUGAUCUUCAGCAAAAUUUUACUUGCAUGUGAUAUUAAUGAUACUGUUCAAUAAUUUCUACAUUCGGUUGGAUCACCUUUCUUGGAAAUAGGCAUAAAUAUGGAUCACUUACAGUUGGUUGGCCAGACAGCUGUCUUCCAAAUUUCUUGACAUAGGCAAGUGAGCACUUCCAGCACUGCAUCCAUUUGUUGAAACAUUUCAAUUGGUAUGCCAUCAAUUCCCAGAGCCUUGUUUUUCACCAGUACCUUCAGUGCAGCUUGGACCUCUUUAGUACCAUCAGUUCCUGAUCAUAUGCUAUCUCUUGAAAUGGUUGAAUGUUGACCAGUUCUUUUGAUACAGUGACUGUAUUCCUAGGAUUACAGCCUUGGAAACCCUAUGGGGCAGUUAUACUCUGUCCUAGAGGGUCACUAUGAGUUGGGAUUAACUUGAUGGCAAUGGGUUAACCAAUGGAUGGAUGAAAGCUCACUCUCACUGCUACAUGGAGAAUAGAAUUGCAGGCAUCAAGAGGAGGACACUAAUGCAAUAGUUUCUAGUAAGAGAUGUUAGAGCCUGAGCUACGAUGAUUGUGGUAGCACAGAUGAAGAGGACUGGAGGGAUAACAACUGUAUUAAGAUAAUGGGACUUGACAGUUGGCUGAAUGGAGUAGAGGAAGACAAAGGUGUCAAGUUAUCAGGAUUUUCUAGCUUUGGUGACUAGGCUCAAUUUUAAAUAUGCUGAAAGUGAGGACCUGUAGAAUAUUAGGCAAUGUCCAGAAGCAAGGAACAUAUACAAACAUGACACUUUCAGGAAAGCUACAUUUGGGAGUCAACAGCAUCUAAGAUGUUGCAUAAGGGCAGCACAAAGCCCAAGAAGGACCUUGGGGAUGGCCAACACUUAAAGUGCGAUGAGAAGACAAUGAGUUUGUGGGGGAGACAGGGAAGAACUUCAGAUUUGCGUAUGGGAAGAAUCCAGAAAGAGUCUCAAGAAGGAAGAAGAGAGCAACAUAUGAAAUUCAAAAGUAAUAUCCAGACUGAAAAAUGAAUUUUAGAUCUGUCAUUCCAGAUGUCAAAAGUGACAUUAGGGAGAGUAGUUUCAGAGAAGAUGAGAGCAGAAGUCAGAUGGUAGUUGAGCUAAGAAGUGAAUGAGAAUCUUGUAGACCAGGGUAGCAAGUCAGAUGGUAGUUGAGCUAAGAAGUGAAUGAGAAUCUUGUAGACCAGGGUAGCAAGACCUUGGGAAGGAGAGAACAAUAGGAUGCUGAAAUUCUGACAGGUGAAGCUAGAGAGGGGAGUAGAUAAUAAAGGGCCUGAAAUGUCAUUCAAGAGUUUGAAAGGACUUUGAAUACAGUAAGCUAUGCUCUGGGUUGUGGUAUCAGAAAGAUCAUAGUUGUGUGAUAAAGAUCAUUCACUGGCUACAAUGUGGAGAAUUAUGGUGAUGUCAGGCUGCAUCACUGUUAUUUUUCUGUGGUAUUGCUCAGCUACACAACAAAGGUGAGUUGUCAUUGACCCAGGAUUGGGUCUAGUUGCCUGGAUCUAGUUGAACUAGAUUGGGAGAAAAUGGAGGAAUCAAGGUUCAGAGUUCUCCAUGAAGUGGAAGAGCAAGUAUAAUGUUGUUAGGUGCCAUUGAGUAGGUUCAGACUCAUAGCAGCCCCGUGUACAACAGAAUGAAACACUGCCAGGUCUUGUACCACCCUCACAAUCAUUGCUAUGUUUGAGCCCAUUGUUGUAGCCACUGUGUCAGUUCAUCUCAUUGAGGUUCUUCCUCUUUUUUUGCUGACCCUCUACUUUAGCAACCAUGAUGUCCUUCUGCAGGGACUGAUCUCUCCUGAUAACAUGUCCAAAGUAUGUGAAAUGUAGUCUCAUCAUUCUUGUUUCUAAGGAGCAUUCCUACUGCACUUCUUCCAAGACAGAUCUGUUCAUCCAUGGUAUAUUCAAUAUUCUUUGUCAACACCAUAAUUCAAAGGCAUUAAUUCUUCGGUUUUCCUUAUUCAUGGUUCAGCUUUCGCAUGCAUAUGAGACAAUUGAAAAUAUCAUGGCUUAGGUCAGGCACACCUUAGUCCUCAAAGUGACAUCUUUGCUUUUUAACAUCGUAGAGGGGUUUUUUGCAGCAGAUUUGCCCAAUGCAAUAUGUCAUUUUAUUUCUUGACUGCUGCUUUUAUGGGUGUUGAUUGCAGCUCCAAGUAAAAUGAAACCCUUGAAAACUUCAGUCUCCUCUCCAUUUAUGAUGUUGCUUAUAGGUCCAGUUGUGAGAAUUGUUGGUUUCUUUAUGUUGAGGUGUAAUCCAUACAGAAGGCUGUGGUCUUUGAUCUUCAUCAGUACAUGCUUCAAGUCCUCUUCACUUUUCAGCAAGCAAGGUUGUGUCAUCUGCAUAUUGCAGGUUGUUGAUGAGUCUCCCUCCAAUCCAGAUGCUUUGUUCUUCUUCAUAUAGUCCAGCUUCUUGGGUUAUUUGCUCGGCAUAUGGAUUGAAUAACUAUGGCGAAAGAAUACAACCCUGAUGCACACCUUUUCUGAUUUUAAACCAUGCAGUAUCCCCUUGUUCUAUUCAAAUGGCUGUCUCUCGAUCUGUAUACAGUUCCUCAUAAGCACAGUUAAGCGUUCUAGAAUUCCCAUUCUUCACAGUGUUAUCCAUAGUUUGUUAUGAUCCACACAGUCAAAUCCCUUCGCAUAGUCAAUAAAAUACAGGUAAACAUCUUUCUGAUAUUCUCUGAUUUCAGCCAAGAUCGAUCUGACAUCAGCAAUGGUAUCUUUUGUUCCAUGUCCUCUCCUGAAUCCAGCUUGAAUUUCUGGCAGUUCCCUGUCAUACUGCUGCAACCAUUUUUAAAUUAUCUUCAGCAAAAUUUUAUUUGCAUGUGAUAUUGAUGAUAUUGUUCAGUAAUUUCCACAUUCUGUUGGAUCACCUCACCUUUCUUUGGAAUGGGCACAAAUAUGGAUCUCUUCCAGUCGCUUGGCCAGGUAGCUGUCUUCCACAUUUCUUGGCAUAGACAAAUGAACACUUCCAGUGUUGUAUCAGUUUUGCAAUGUGUGCAAGCAAAAGUAGAAUAAUGGGAUGAUACAGUCAAAGAAAUGUCUAUGUAAUUUUUUGAUGUAGAGUAGUUCUGGGUGCAAGGUGCAGGGUGUAAUCCUGGGAAGGAAUUAGUAAGGUGAAGAGGUGGAGUUUGGCGUUGAAGAAAUCACAGUCUACUUUCUGCACUUCUUUCCUGAGCUGGAACAUUAGAUUCUUCCUUUUACUAACAGGUUUUCUUUGAUAUUGCUUGAUGUUGACCCUAGUUCAUUCUUUUUACAGCUUUUGCAAGUUCCAUCAUUUGACAAGUAUUUGCUGAGUAUCUAUUAUGAGCAAAGCACCGCGCUGGACACACUGGGAAUAUGCUUGCAUUCUAGUGGGGGAGACACAAAAUGAACCAACCACAAGGACACAGCUGGAGACACUGGUUACAUAACCAAUUUACUGGAAUGCCAUAUUUGGGGACGAUGCACAUAGAAUCAGAUACGACCAGACAUUUUUCAGGAAUCAAGGUUGACUUUACGGAGCCAGUGCUUACAAAGCCCUCCCAGGAAAACUAACCUGGUGUCUGGCUUACAGGAUUGCCUGCUUCACAGGUACGUAAGGAAGGUCACUUCCUGGCAGGCCCAGGAACCUUAUGAUAUUCUGGGGACGUCAAGAAGAGAGGAACUCAAUCUAUAGGGGCUGCAGGUGAAGUCUGAUGGAAAAUUAUUGGCUUGGCUUCCUAGCCUCAAGAGGCUUUUAAAAGCUCAACCUGAGAUUCCUUAUAAAAACUUGCAGCAAAUUUAAGAAGACCUAUAUGAUAAAUUACCAUUCUCACUGCACCAGUGUAAAUGAUGAUGACUAGUCUCAUUUUGUGAUCAUGAAUAAUCCUGCUUUGAGACUAUCUUUUAUCAAAAGGGGGGGUAGUGACUAUAGAGAGAAAUUCUACGUUUCAAUAGAAAACUAUAACAUGCCCUUGCGGGCUAUCAGAUUCUGAUCCUGUUCGUUGUCUUUUUAACUAUUUUACCUUAAUGAACUACAGGCAAGUUAUGGUUUUCUCAUCUACCUGUAAACUGGACUGGAUCCUGUCAUCUUGCAAAUUGUCAACUUUUACCCAAUUUUCAAUACCUCCCGUUUACUUCAAUACCUGGCAACAACUCUCCAAACCAACAUUUCCAAUUUUUUGCCCUCCCUCCUGACCUGGAAUCACUGAGAGCUGAAACCUGGCUACACAGGUAUUUACAGAGACUCUAGCUUGUCUUGCAUCAGGGUUUUUAAGGCCCAAUGACUUCAGACAUACUUCAGUGGACUCAUCACCACAGCCAACCUUGCUUGGGCUGAAUCUCUCUGGACAAGUUCUCUCUGAGUCACUAAGGCAGUCUGGUAAAAUGCUCAGGCCGUGCGUGCCCUUAUGAGAGGUAACAGGACUGAGCAACAUGACCGAGAGUGUCUAUCUUUGCUCUUCAAGAAACUCAAUCAGCAGGGCUACAUAAUCAAAAGAUUUUCGCCCACUAACCUUAGACUUUUAAUACAAAUGUUUAUAUUAAUAAUUCUCUUUUCCUUUUAGGCAUUCUUUUGUCUGACAUCUUAAAACAACUGACUUGUGCCUCCACCUCAACAGAUGGUUCAACUGAUUUUGAAGGCACAACACCAACGAGAAUCCUCAAGGGGGUAUUUAACCUCUGCUUCGCCUCAUUUAGGAGAUCCCCCUAGGUUGUUCGAGAAUGAAUAUCAUUUGUCAAUGAACAAAAGUGGGGGCUGAUACAAGUUGGAUUUUACCUGAACCCACUGGAAAAGAAAUUGUCCCACCCUUUUAUGUUCUGGAAAACAGCAGGGCUUACUACAAGAAACCGACCAAGGUUUAUUUACACUGUUAAGACUAACUUUAGUUUCUCUUUCCUUAUCAUCUCUUCUAAUCUUCCUGGGACUCCCAGGAUCCAGGUGGCCUUAUCAUAAAAAAUGAAAACUUUCUGAGCAAACUGACCCUAGUUGCAACCUCAGUACAUCACUCACCCAGCACCCCCCAGCCCCCAACUUUCUUUUUAAAAGCUCACUGUGUCUCAGUGGAGUUUGUGUACACAGUUCUGGUGUCUCUCUCUCUCCCUCUCCCACCAUUACAGUUCUCUUAGUUCAUCCUUGCCAUGUUUUAACACUGUCCAGUGCAAUUUUUCCUUUGACAGUUCUGGUGCCAUGACUCAGAUACCCAAAAAAAAAACCAAACCCACUGCCGUCGAUUCCGACUCAUAGCGACUCUAUAGGACAGAGUAGAACUGCCCCAGAGAGUUUCCAAGGAGUGCCUGGCGGAUUUGAACUGCCGACCUCUUGGUCAGCAGCCGUAGCACUUAACCACUACGCCACCAGGGUUUCCAAUGACUCAGAUAGGAUCAGAUUAAUCAAUGGAGCCCUGAACCACUCACCUAGGAUCUCAGGUACAACUUUAACAUUGUUCAGGGCAAUUUUUUAACAUCAGGUGAAAUAUUUUCCUUAAAAUGAAAAUAUCAGCUUCCAUCAGGAUCUCCUUAAUGGCAUAGGGCCACAGUACAGAUGAGGAACAGAAAUGAAUGGUCAGUGUAUAAGCAAUGCUCUGAAGGAAGUAGAAUUCUGGAAGGCCUCUGCCCAAUUUUGUGUAAGUGCAUUUUUCCUUUUUCUCAUAUUUCCUCAUCAAGGUCCAAGCUAGGCAAGAUAUAAAGCAUAGUACACACUGUUAUUUGAAUUGUUGAGAUAUGGAAAAUAGUAUAAGCUAUAAUGGCUUGUCAGGGUCCAUCAACCAUUCAUUGAGUAUAUACUAUAGGCUAGAAACAGUGGGUGCUGAAGUGAGAGAGUAAGGCUGAAGUCAGUGUUUUUUAACCCAAGUUCAUGGACUUAACAUCUUGGAAGAAACUGUUUCAGCUUCCUCUGCUGAUAGAUUCCAAACUAAAGAAUAAAAAGUAGGAUACUCAGAUGUGGCUUUGGUUUACUGACAUACUCUAUUAAAUGCUGUAUAACAUAUUUUAUAAUAAAAAUGUGAGGAAAAUAAGACUCGGUUUUGAGAUUCUGGGGAACACUCUUGGUAACUGGAGAUAUCCCUGAGCAUGGUAAGUUCUUAAGAUAUAGACAUGGAAAUGGCUCCUUUCAUUUCAUGCAUGGAGGGCAUUAAGUCUAGACCCCGUCUUAGAAGCAGCAGGAUCUGAAACAUACUCAUUUGAUGUUUCCUCUGUUUUCAGAGCCACUGAAUAAAGCUGUCAUUAUCUCCAUUUUCUGAAGACUAUGAGAUCAUAUUCAAGCUAGAGGCUGGAGACCUCCUAGGCUGUUAGGCCUCCUCCAUUAUUCCUGUCCUGCAUAUCCUGCCUCAUUUUCAGGUUUGUUGUAUGGAUUUGAAAUUCACUGAAACUAAGAGAAGAAUUAUGCUUCCAGCUAUGACAGAGUAACGGUACCACACUAGCCCUCCUGCCUCAAAUAUAAAAUGGAACAAACUAUAUGUGAGGCAACUGUUUUCAGGCAUUGGACUACAGGCGUGAUCCUCAAGAGAGGAGAGAAGCUCAUGAGGUGAGUCCCAUGAAUGUAUAGCUCUCUGAGGGUAUUACCCUGACUAAGGCAUGAUUAGCUAGACUCUAAGCAGAGCACAUGGGGUAGCCAUGAGUCAGAA